AUGGCCCAGAGGUUGCUGCCAGCCCAGGUUCAGGAGCCUGUGACAUUCAGGGAUGUGGCUGUGUCCUUCAGCCAGGAUGAAUGGUUGCAUCUGGACUCUGCACAGAGAAGCCUGUACCGGGAGGUAAUGCUGGAGAACUACAGAAACUUGGCUUCACUGGGGAUUCUGUUUUCCAAGCCAAAGGUCAUCUCUCAGUUAGAGCAAGCAGAAGACUUCCAGAUGGUGGAAAGUGGAAUGCUUCGAGGUGUGUAUCUAGGGUGGAAGAGCUUGUUUAAACCCAUAGUUUCCAAAGAAGAAAAUAAGGAAGUCUUGAAAAAUCACAGAGCUGAUGAUGUUUUUGACUUCAUAUUGGGAAAAACAUAUGUAAAUGAGGAACAGUUAGAGGAGCAACAAGGCAAAAAUAACAAACUUUUCAGCAAAAUGCUGCUUUCCAUUAGAAAAGACUAUACGCAAGAGAGGGGCCUUACAGGUAUUGAACUCGUGAGAAAUCCUGGUAUAAAGUCUCCUUUUACUAGAAAACCUGGAGUCAUCUCCAGAGGAAGAAAGCCCCGCUCACAGCAGUACUCUGUUCUAUUUAAACCACUGGGAGUCAACACAACGCGUAAGUGUUACAGAUGUAACAUCUGUGGGAAAGUCUUUCUUCACAGUUCUUCCCUGAGCAAACACCAGAGGAUCCACACUGGAGAGAAGCUCUACAAAUGUAAGGAAUGUCGGAAGGCUUUCAGCCAAAGCUCGUCCCUAACACAGCACUUGAGAGUCCAUACUGGAGAAAAACCGUACAUAUGUAGUGAAUGUGGGAAGGCUUUCAGCUUCACUACCUCUCUCAUUGGGCAUCAGAGGAUGCACACUGGAGAGAGACCCUAUAAAUGUAAGGAAUGUGGCAAAACCUUCAAAGGCAGCUCAUCCCUCAUUAAUCACCAGCGGAUCCACACUGGAGAAAAGCCUUAUAAGUGCAAUGAGUGCGGGAGAGCCUUUAGUCAAUGUUCAUCUCUUAUUCAGCAUCAUAGAAUUCAUACCGGGGAGAAACCAUAUGAAUGUAGCCAGUGUGGGAAAGCCUUUACAUCAGUAUCACGACUAAGCAGACAUCACCGAAUCCAUACUGGAGAGAAGCCCUUUCAUUGUCAUAUGUGUGGCAAAGUGUUCAGUUACCACUCAGCCUUGAUUAUACAUCAGAGAAUUCACACUGGAGAGAAACCAUAUGCAUGCAAGGAAUGUGGGAAAGCCUUCAGCCAAAGCUCAGCACUUAUCCAACAUCAAAGAAUCCACACUGGAGAAAAGCCAUACAAGUGCGAUGAAUGUGGGAAGGCCUUUUCCUGGGUCUCACGACUUAAUAUCCAUCACAGGAUCCACACGGGUGAGAAACCUUAUCAUUGCAAGGAAUGUGGGAAAGCUUUCAGUUCUCACUCAGCAGUCAAUACUCAUCGAAAAAUUCAUACUGGUGAGAAACCUUAUAAGUGCAAUGACUGUGAAAAAGCCUUCAACCAAAGCUCAGCCCUUAUUCAACACCAGAGAAUUCAUACUGGAGAGAAACCAUUUAACUGUAAAAUAUGUGGGAAAGCCUUCAGGCAGAGUUCAUCACUUAUGACACAUAUGAGAAUCCAUACAGGAGAAAAGCCUUAUAAGUGCAAAGCAUGUGGGAAAGCCUUCAGUCAGAGUUCAUCUCUUGCCAACCAUCAGAAGACUCAUAACUGA